GUUGGUGAGUUGGUUGUCGCUGUACUUUGCGAUGGCAAUUUGAAAAUGUUUGUUUUGGGGUGGAAUAAGUUAUAAACUGAAUGAAUUGGAUUUCGAUCUCUUCAAUUUGCCAACGCGGGAACCAAAACGCAAACAGACUUUGUUCGAAGGUGAAACACGUUCUAGGACCGAUGCUGAAAUAAUCUUCCAUAAAAAAAUAAUCUUCUCUUUUUGGGGUCGUUUUUACCAAACCCCAGUCCGGACGUCAUGCAGCAGGAGCGGCUGCUCAAGGUGCUGGUGAUCGGGGACCUGGGGGUUGGGAAGACCUCGGUCAUUAAGCGCUACGUCCACCAGGUCUUCUCCCAGCACUACCAGGCCACCAUCGGGGUGGACUUCGCCCUGAAGGUCCUCAAAUGGGACCACAAGACGGUGAUCCGGCUGCAGCUCUGGGACAUAGCCGGCCAGGAGCGCUACGGCAACAUGACGCGGGUGUACUACCGGGAAGCGGUGGGGGCCCUGGUGGUGUUCGACAUGACGCGCCUCUCCACCUUCCAGGCAGUCUUGCGCUGGAAGGGAGACCUGGACUCCAAGGUCGCCCUGGGCAACGGUCGGCCAGUUCCAGCUGUCCUAUUGGCCAACAAGUGUGACCAGCGGGGGCAGGGCCUGUGCUCCAAGCUGCCUAAACUGGAGAACUUUUCUAAAGACCACGGCUUCGUCGGCUGGUACGAGACCUCUGCUAAGGACAACACCAACAUUGACGGGGCCAUGACCCGUCUGGUGGAGUGCAUCAUGGCGGUGGAGGAGGAGCUGGCGGUUGCUGCCGGCAACGGCAAAGUGAGCGACCAGACGGACUCCGGCGUGCUGGUGCUGCCCCGCCUCCAUCACCACGACGCCCCGGAGAGGGAACUCCCAGGAUGCACUGGGUGCCCCACCCUACGGCCCAAGAAUCACCACGCCUACGACUGAGAGCAGGAGGGUGGGUGGGAGAAGGGGGGAGGGAGGUUGGGGGGGGGAGAUGAGAGAGAGAGAGAGAGAGAGAGAGAGAGAGAGAGAGAGAGAGAGAGAGAGAGAGAGAGAGAGAGAGAGAGAGGUGGAAGAAAGUGAGAGGGAUGAAGGAGAAUGAAAAGGAGUUAUGGGACAUCUUGCUCUAGGACAGGGUCCCUUAACCUUUUUUACUGAUGCCCGGUAUUUAUUCCUAAAUCUAUGCGGCCCGGUGACCAAUGCUCCACUGCCCGGUACAGGUCCGCGGACCGGUGGUUGAGAAUCCCUGCUCUAGGAUCUGUGCAGGUUGACUGCAGGUAUUGCUGGAUCAUAGCCAGAUCCAUUGCCAUCUCCCAUGAUGUACAUAACUUUGGAAGCUUCCAGAACUUGUCUGUAUGAAGACAUUGUGAGCCACUGGAGAGAGGUUUUGAACCGCUGCCCUUGCGUUGUUCUCUUUGUAUUUACAAACGACUACAUUUAAAUAAAUCACACAAUAUGUUUCAACUUUCUGAGCCCUUCUGAAAACAUUUUGAGAGUUUCAUGAUUAGUCUUUAUAUGUUAAAAUGACUCUGAUUGCAAUUGCACUGCAAUUUGUUAGUAGUAGGUGAGGGUUAAGUGUUAAACAUAACACUAAAGGCAAUUCAAUGUAAAAAAAUACAUUUAAAUUUAUAAAUUACUUGAAAACCAUUAGAUAACUAGAAAAUCCAUUUCUUGCAGAAAAUGCGGUGAGUGCUGUAGUGCAAAGUGAGGUUGAAAAUAUUUUUUAAAGGAGACAAAUUAGGAAAACAACACUUCCUGGGAUUUUGGGUGUUUUGGGUCUCUGGUGCUCCCACACGCAUACAAACUUUGAAAAAAUUCUGUACAUGAUUUUUUGUGUGAGAUAUGCGUUUCUGAAGGUAGCCCGCCUACAGUUACCAAACGAGCGAGUCAGUUUCGGCGCCCCUUCCUAGUUGAAUAUUACCUCCCACUUCCCCCUUUGAUAAAGACGUUAUCAAAUCCCUGUUUAACCUAAUACAAAUGACUGACUAAUAUACUGUUAUAUUAACUGUGCAUAUAGAGAUUUGAAUAGCUUGAUGUUCUUUAAAAAUGUUGUUGCAUUGUGAAAAUUGUCGGUGCAUAGGACGGACCUAUCCGCGAUCUCUUAGGGCUUUUUACACUGCCAAGCCGGUUCGAUCGCGGCUUGGCACGCAAGGAACGUUCUUCUCUAUCUCCUCUUUUCUUAGUUGUCCUUUCAAAUGGUGAUAUUUUUCUUUAUGAUGAGUCUCAUUGUGGCGCCGAAUAUUAUAUUCUUUGAGCACUGAAAUUGCUGAUUACAUACCAAGCACACUGCUUUUGCAUUCACCUCUGUGAAUAAAUAAUUCUCAGUCCAUUUUUCCUGGAAAACUCUG